CAACACAACACAGAUCUACAAUCUAUUGGAAGUCCUCUUACCAACACAACAAGAACAAUAAUCCAUUUACACUUUUUCACCUCUUUUCUUCUUUUUAAGGAUCCACCCCCAUUUCUCUAUCUUCUCUCUCUUUAUGCUCUUUUGUGUUUGUGUGUGUGUGUGGAUUAUCACCAAUCUCUUCUUGCAAAAGCAACUUCCUUUCAUCUGUUGUUAGCUUUCAACACAAUCCAUGACAUGACCCCACAACGCUAGUUCUCUCUCUCUCUCUCUUUUCUUUUUACUGCAGUUUGUGGAGUGGUGAGCUUCAAAAUGGAGACCAUGAACUAGAACUGGUGUAAACCAUUAUUCACAUUCACUCCUUCAACCUCUUCAAGGUUCAAAGUUUAUGGGUGAUGAACUCCUCAUAGACAAGGACCAGUGAGCUGGGGCAGAGAGAAGAGAUGGUGGGAACACCUAUUAACGGAAGAACAAGGCCAGCUUAUGGUGUUGUAAAUGGUGGCCAUGAUCUUGGCCCCAGUAGUGCUCCACCAAGCAAUGCUGGUUCAGAUUAUGGCGUUAUAGAGUUCACCAGGGAGGAUGUGGAGGCCCUGCUGAAUGAAAAGGCCAAAAGGAAAGACAGAUUUAAUUAUAAGGAAAGAUGUGAAAAUAUGAUGGAUUACAUAAAAAGGCUGAAGGUUUGCAUCAGGUGGUUCCAAGACCUUGAGAUUAGCUACUCACUAGAACAAGAAAAAUUGAAGAGUUCAUUGGAAUUAGCUCAGCAAAGAUGCAUGGAGAUAGAGUUGUUACUCAAAAUCAAGGAAGAUGAACUAAACUCAAUUAUUGUUGAAAUGAGACGGAAUUGCACUUCUUUACAGGAGAAAUUAGUGAAGGAAGAAUCAGAAAAAACAGCAGCAGCAGAAUCUCUUGUUAAGGAGAGAGAGGCCAGGCUUAACUUUGAGAGGUCACAGAAUACACUUGAGGAAGAUCUUGGAAGAGCACAACGGGAUCUCCAAAGAGCAAAUCAGAAGAUAUCAUCACUUAAUGACAUGUAUAAGCGGUUACAAGAUUACAUAACCAGCUUGCAGCAGUAUAAUGGAAAACUUCAUUCAGAGCUUUCUACAGUUGAAACUGAACUUAAGCGCGUGGAGAAAGAAAAAUCUGCUGUAGUGGAGAACCUUACUAUGUUAAAGGGCCAGCUUACUUUGUCUAUGUCUUCUCAAGAAGAGGCCACAAAACAGAAGGAUGCCUUGGCCAGUGAAGUUGGAUCACUUCGUGUUGAGCUGCAACAAGUGAGGGAUGAGCGGGACCGCCAACUAUCUCAAGUGCAAACUUUGACUACUGAAUUAGAGAAGUCGAAAGAUUCUACGGAGAAGUCUUGCUCUGAACUGAACAACUUGACCAUAAGAACAAAUGAAUUGGAGGCAAAAUGUGCUUUGCAAGAUGAGCGGAUAAAGGUGCUGCAAGAGAAGCUCACCACUGCAGAGGAGAAACUACAGGUUUCUGACAUAUCUGCAAAUGAGACAAGAACAAAAUUUGAAGGUCAACAAAAGCUUGUACAUGAGUUGCAAAGGCGUUUGGAAGAUGCAGAAUAUAAAGUUAUAGUAGGGGAGAAACUGAGGAAAGAAUUGCACAAUACGAUUUUGGAACUGAAAGGGAACAUCCGUGUGUUCUGUAGAGUACGGCCUUUGUUACCUGAUGAGGCUUGUAGCACAGAAGGAAAGGUUAUAUCUUAUCCCACGUCGAUGGAAGCUUCUGGACGGGGCAUCGAAUUGACACAAAGUGGCCAAAAACAUUCUUUCACAUUUGAUAAAGUUUUUGCACCUGAUGCGUUACAAGAAGAAGUUUUUAUUGAAAUUUCACAGCUUGUGCAGAGUGCUCUUGAUGGUUAUAAGGUUUGUAUUUUUGCCUAUGGUCAGACAGGAUCAGGGAAAACUUAUACAAUGAUGGGCAGGCCUGGACAUCCAGAAGAGAAGGGCUUGAUCCCUCGUUCACUAGAACAAAUAUUUCAAGCAAAACAGUCUCAGAAACCCCAAGGCUGGAAAUAUGAAAUGCAGGUCUCUAUGUUGGAAAUAUACAAUGAAACCAUUCGUGAUUUGUUAUCUACAAAUAAGUCAUCAUCUGAUGGAACACCAACACGUGUGGAAAAUGGUACUCCUGGGAAGCAAUACUCCAUCAAACAUGAUGCCAAUGGAAAUACACAUGUUUCUGAUCUAACGGUAGUGGAUGUUCAAAGUGUAAAAGAGGUUGCAUUUCUUUUAAGUCAAGCUGCUAACAGCAGAUCUGUGGGCAAAACUCAGAUGAAUGAACAAUCUUCUAGAAGUCAUUUUGUAUUCACUCUUCGAAUCUAUGGUGUGAAUGAGAGCACUGAUCAACAAGUACAAGGCAUUCUAAAUCUCAUUGAUCUUGCUGGAAGUGAGCGUCUUUCGAGGAGUGGGUCAACCGGGGACCGAUUGAAAGAAACUCAAGCAAUAAAUAAAAGUCUGUCAUCAUUAAGUGAUGUCAUAUUUUCCUUGGCCAAGAAAGAGGAUCAUAUCCCAUUCAGAAACUCAAAGCUAACAUACCUACUUCAGCCUUGUCUUGGUGGAGACUCAAAAACAUUGAUGUUUGUCAACAUCUCUCCUGACCAAGCUUCAGCAGGAGAGUCACUGUGCUCACUCCGAUUUGCAUCAAGAGUUAAUGCAUGUGAAAUUGGAACACCACGCCGUCACACCAAUGGACGACCUAUAGAAUCUCGCUUGACCUAUUUCUAAUCUUUACAUACAUCAAUGAAUGAAUGAAUAUAUUGUUUAACCUAUUUGUGUAAUGGCUACUACAGCAAAAAUAACUCCAAUUCUAACAUCAGUGAUGUUACAUUACAUCACGUCUAUAGAUUGUAAUGUAUAGUGAACAAGUUAUUAAGUAUUCAUUUAGCUAAAAAGAGAUUUCUCAUUGCGGUAGUUUU